UAUUUUGUGUUCACUCCACCUCUUCCACUGCAAAACAAUUCCGCAUGCAGCAAACUAACGUUUACAACAAAUAGAAAUUAUUCAGUUAUAUCAGUACUCUGACAAAUCAAACAUCUCGUCCAGUCAAAGAACAUUUGGCCUAAUGUUUUUUAACUAAAUGCGGAUGAGAAGAAAUAACGAGGGCUAAGAUUCGUUGGCGUGCUAACGACAGCUGAACAAGCCAACUAGCUAGCUGCUGUUAGCUAUCGUUAGCUGUGAUGGCAGCAUCCACUCCACUGAUUUUUGCUCCUGUGUUAAGUCAAAAGCAACGCAGGGCUGCUCUGAGGAAAGAGAGAAGAAAACGGAAACGGCAAGCUCUCGCCCAAGCCAGAGAAUGUGGUUUAAAAAAUGGAGCACCUGAAGAAGAAGAAGAAAUAAAUGAUGAAGAUGAUGAGGAUAAUGAUAUUGCUGAGGAGGAAAGACUGCGUCUACAUGAAGAGUGGUUGGAAAAAGAGAGGCUUGCCCAGGAGGAAUUCAGGCUGAGGUCUGAGAGGGAGGAAGCUGUAAGGAAAAGGAAAGAGGAGGAGGAGAGGAUGAUAAAGGAGGAAUGGGAGGCCCAGCAGAGGAGAGAACAAGAAGAAAAAGAGCAGAAGCAGCAGGAGAAGCGAGGCAGAGAGGAGGCUGUUCAGAAAAUGUUGGAUGAAGCUGAAAACCAGCUAGAUAAUGGAGGACCGUGGAUGAAUCCCGAGGCUCCUGUGACGGAGAACUCUGAGAACUUUGGGACAGAGCGUGACGUAGCCAACUGUCCGUUCUUCCUUAAGACCGGAGCAUGUCGAUUUGGAGACAGAUGUUCUCGGAAGCACGUUUAUCCCACAGCCAGCCCGACUCUGAUGAUCCGUGGUAUGUUUAUAACGUUUGGCAUGGAGGAGUCACGUCGCGAUGAUUACGACAUUGAUGCUUGGUUGGAACACAGCGAGGAGGAGCUGCAGGAGUCUUUCCUUGAGUUCUACCAUGAUGUCCUGCCAGAGUUAAAGAGUGUCGGCAAGGUGGUGCAAUUCAAGGUCAGCUGCAAUUACGAACCACACCUGAGAGGAAAUGUUUACAUUCAGUUUGACACAGAGGAGCAGUGUAAAGAAGCAUUAAUCAAGUUCAAUGGGAGGUGGUACGCAGGCCGGCAGCUUCACUGCGAGAUAUGUCCUGUAACCCGGUGGAAGAAUGCUAUAUGUGGAUUGUUUGACAGACAGAAGUGCCCCAAAGGGAAGCACUGUAACUUCCUGCAUGUAUUUCGAAACCCUGGCAAUGAAUUCUGGGAGGCCGACAGAGACCUGCACAUGUCACCAGACCGCAGUGUCAGGGGGAGUCGCAGAGACGGGUGGCAUUCAGAGCGAUACGGAGAGCGAUCGUGGAGGCAACGUCACUGCAGCAGAAGUCCGCCGAGAUCUGAGAGAUCGCACAGCAGACGAGAGGGCGACAGGCGGAGGAGCAGGAGCAGAGAGAGGAGUCGAGAGAGGAGGGCCUCCCACCAGCAUAGAGAGGACAAAUGGUCAUCCAGAUCCAGACUCAGUGAAAGAAGGAACGAUUGGUAUCUGAGCAGAAGUAGAGACAGGUCAAGGAGUAGAAGUAGAGACCGAGAGCAAGACAGGCUGAGAAACAGGAGUAGAGAUAAAGACAGGGAGCACAAGUAUAGGAAUAGAAGUGAAGAGAGAGAGAGUAGAGACAAAGAUACAGAGACUCACGGAAAAGCGAGAGAACGGUCAAGAAGCACAAGCAGAGAGGGGGAAAGAAACAAGCAAAGUAGAGAAAGGAGCCCAAAGAAACCAGACAGAAAUGAGAAAACCUCUAAUGAUGAUACCAACACACGCCGCCGCCACAAACAGUCCAAAAAGAGCAAGAAAAAGAGCAAGAAGAAGCAUAAGAAGAAAAGCCAUUUGCCUGAAGGGACGGCCUCAUCUGGUGAGUCCGAAAAGGAGAAAGAGUCAAAGGAAGAAACAGUGGAGAGACUCACUGCAACGAGUCCCAGUCAGGAGAUCAAUGAAACAGUGCUAAUUCAGAAAAACAAUGACUUGGAUGAGAGACCCCGUGUUGAUAGUGAGAAGAAGUUUAGUCCUGAAUUGAGAAGUGAACAUUCACAGAAAUACCAAGUGAGCCUGCUGGAAAAAGUGACAUGAGUACCUCUUAGUGGCUCCUACAUUUGAAAAUCGGUACAUUUGGUUUUAUAACUAUGAAUGUAUAGGGAGGAAUAAAUUAUUGAGGAAUACAUUUUUGAGCAGUGAUACAGUAAGUUAGCAUCCAUCACCACUAUGUACAUAUGUGAAUAUUUUGCUCUUGUAAAAUGUUUAAUGUUGCUUUAAUUAUUGAACAGUCGAUCACUGGAGAUGUGGCACUACAUGGUUAUUGUUGCUAAGGAAAACAAACUGAAACAAAAGAUCAACAAAUGGGUUUUCUUUUUGAGUACAUUUAUUUUUAAUAGCUUUCAAAUAUAAGAAAACAAUUUUGGCAAAUGUG